GGAAAGAGAGGAAGAGAGGGGACCAGAAGAAAGGUGGAGAUUCACUGGAGACUUUAUGCCCUUGGGCACCACUCCCCCUUACAUUCUGGAUUAAACAGCAUUAAGAAGCUGAGAGAAGAAAUACGUGUGGUGUAUGGAGACCUGUGCCUGCCUGUUCCAUUCCUACACCCAAUCAUCUCACCACACCCUACACCUCACAUUACACUUCACUCUAGUCCAGGAACUGAAAGCUACAGAGAGGGGAGAGGAGGAAGAGGAAACUAACAAUUCUCUGCCCAGUCCCAGCCCCACCGCAGUGCAACCAACAGGUAAGCAAGCUUGCAGAGACUACUCAGAGGGAAUCUUGUGAGCAGCCUGGAAAAGACUUCCAGAAGUAAAAGAUUGAAGUCUGGUUGUACCGGCUCCCACUCCAGCCUUCACUCCGGGCCUCAUUUCGGCUCCAGCCUUGCACUCAGUUCCGGCCCGCAGUCCUCCUGGUUGCAUCCUCCCUCUCGGUUCCUGCCCUGAGCCAGCUCCCGCUCCGAAGCUCCUGAGCAGGAUCCUCAAGCCAUGGCUGGUCCCUUCUCUCGUCUGCUAUCCACCCGCCCGGGUCUCAGGCUCCUGGCUUUGGCUGGAGCUGGGUCUCUAGCUGCUGGGUUUCUGCUCCGCCCGGAACCUGUACGAGCCGCCAGUGAACGACGGAGGCUGUAUCCCCCGAGUGCUGAGUACCCUGACCUCCGAAAGCACAACAACUGCAUGGCUAGUCACCUGACCCCAGCAGUCUAUGCCCGGCUCUGCGACAAGACCACACCCACUGGUUGGACGCUAGAUCAGUGUAUCCAGACUGGCGUGGACAACCCCGGCCACCCCUUCAUCAAGACUGUGGGCAUGGUAGCUGGAGAUGAGGAGACCUAUGAGGUAUUUGCUGAGCUGUUUGACCCUGUUAUCCAAGAGCGACACAAUGGAUAUGACCCCCGGACAAUGAAACACACCACUGACCUGGAUGCCAGCAAGAUUCGUUCUGGCUACUUUGAUGAGAGGUAUGUAUUGUCCUCAAGAGUCAGAACUGGCCGAAGUAUCCGGGGACUCAGUCUGCCUCCAGCUUGCACUCGGGCAGAGCGACGAGAGGUGGAACGUGUUGUGGUGGACGCCCUAAGUGGCCUGAAGGGUGACCUGGCUGGUCGUUACUAUCGGCUCAGUGAAAUGACAGAGGCUGAACAACAGCAGCUUAUUGAUGACCACUUCCUAUUUGAUAAGCCUGUAUCCCCGUUGCUGACUGCAGCAGGAAUGGCUCGAGACUGGCCAGAUGCUCGUGGGAUCUGGCACAACAAUGAGAAGAGCUUCCUGAUCUGGGUGAAUGAGGAGGAUCAUACACGGGUCAUCUCCAUGGAGAAGGGUGGCAACAUGAAGAAAGUGUUUGAAAGAUUCUGCCGAGGCCUCAAAGAGGUCGAACGGCUGAUCCAGGAGCGUGGCUGGGAAUUCAUGUGGAAUGAGCGUUUGGGAUACAUCUUGACCUGUCCAUCGAACCUGGGCACUGGACUACGAGCUGGCGUACACAUCAAACUGCCCUUGCUAAGCAAAGAUAACCGCUUCCCAAAGAUCCUGGAGAACCUAAGACUCCAAAAGCGUGGUACUGGAGGAGUGGACACAGCUGCCACAGGCAGCAUCUUUGACAUCUCUAAUUUGGACCGACUGGGCAAGUCAGAGGUGGAGCUGGUGCAACUGGUCAUCGAUGGAGUAAACUAUUUGAUUGACUGUGAACGGCGUCUGGAGAGAGGCCAGGAUAUCCGCAUUCCUCCACCUCUCAUCCACAACAAGCAUUAACUCCCCAUCCUCAGCAGAUGACUCAAGAUCUCCACGACUUCUGCCCGUUCUAAUGGUAGCUCAUUUCACUUGCCCUGGAUGCCACCCCCCACCACUUCCUCUGUCCUAGUAAAGAUACCUUGCUAUGCUC